AUAUAGAGAACGGAAGGCAAGUUGAUGGUCAAGGACUUAUCUCCGCGCCUGGGCAAGCGGUGACCUUUCAGUGCCACGAUGGUUACAGCCUGCAAGGCAGUGCUAAAGUCUUCUGCCAGGAGGACGGCAGCUGGCACCCUCCUGUUCCCGUCUGCAGCAGACUGUACCAUUACCAGGAGCUCUCAAACAGGCCUGAACUUCCAGGGAAACAAUGCAAUCAUCCCGGUGAACCUGUGAAUGGGAAAAUUAUUUUCCUAACAGAUCUCCUGUUUGGGUCAACAGUGCGCUACAGCUGUGAAGAAGGGUACAGGUUAGUUGGACAAUCCAGCAGACGAUGUGAGAUUUCUGGUGGACGUGUUGCAUGGAGUGGAGACAUUCCCAUUUGUCAGCGUAUCCCUUGUGAGCCGCCUCCAGACAUUCCCAAUGGGAAGCACACGGGCAGGCUGCUGGAUGAAUUCCACUUUGGCACAUCUGUAACAUACACCUGCAACCCCGGGUACCCGCUCCACGGAGAGCCCUCCAUCUACUGCACCACUCGGGAUGGGAAAAACGGCGUGUGGAGCGGGCCUCCCCCAUCGUGUGGAGCGGCAAGAUGUCCUGUCCCGCAGGUCCAGAAUGGGAGAAUAGUGUCUCCUAGGACUGCCUACACACACAAGGACACCAUUGCCUUUGAGUCUGGCUGCAAUGCACCUACCAGACUGGCGUUUGCUGAGCUGAAGGAGCUGUACAGAAACCAGACCGUCUUUCCCGUGGGGAGGUCGGUGGAAUACGUGUGCCGGCCUGGGUACACCCAGCACCUGGGGAUGCCGCCAGCCAUUACGUGCCUCAGGAAUCAGACGUGGUCUGUGGCGCUGGAGUUCUGUAAAAGGAAACAAUGUGCUAACCCAGGGGAUCCGGAGAAUGGCAGAGCCGUGGUCCUGACGGACCUCCUCUUCGAGUCCAAGGUUAAUUACACUUGUGACAAAGGGUACAAGUUGGUUGGAGGCUCUCAGAGAACAUGCGAGGUCUCAGGCACACGUGUCUCGUGGAGUGGAGAUGCUCCUGUCUGCCAGCGUAUCGUCUGUGAUCCACCUCCGGACACCCCCCAUGGGAGACACAGCGGGCACCUGAUGGACACCUUCUCCUAUGCGGACGUGGUCACCUACACCUGCGACCCCGGCCACGCGCUGGCUGGAGAGCCCUCCAUCUUCUGCACCACGGCGGACGGGGAGCACGGCGUGUGGAGCGGGCCACCGCCGCGGUGCGGAGGUAGGGCUCUGUGGUGCGCGGGUGUCCGUCCCCGCUGGCAAGAUCUGGUGGUGAGUGCCAGAAGGAAUGACCGUGGCUGA